AUGGAUGUGGUUCAUUCGGAAGCCAGCACGCGGCUUGUGUUCCGCUGUCGACGAAGGCAGGAAAUACGUAUAGACUCCGAACAGGCGUGGAAAAUGGCUGAGCACGACCGCGUCGACGUGAAGCUCGAGCGAGUGCUUGGUCUGACGUCCACCUCCAACUCCUCGCUGGCCCUUGAUGCCAAGACCGGCUGCAUCGCAUAUGGCGCUGGUGUUGGAGAAGGCAGUAGAGAGACGAAAGAGAAAACUCGACCAACGAAAACGUGUCAAAAGCUGUUUGUUUAG